AUGGAGCCGCUACCUUCGACCCAAGACACCCACCAAGGUGCUGGUGCCACAGAUCCAAACCGCCCCGGCCACAGACGCAUGUCCUCUGGCGGCGGCCUCCUCUCCAAACUCUCCUUCAUGCGCGCCCACUCCUCCGAACACAACGAGCUCGACGACCCAACCCACCAGCGCGAGAAGGAGAACCGAUCCCCGGCCUCCACCAUCUACAUGCCCACACCGCGGGCCCCCUCCUCCAUCGCGACCGCACUGCAGCAGCAGAAGACGAGGCGCCGCCGCGGGUCCCUCCGAAAAGUCGCCCUCCUCGGGCGCGGCGCCCAGCGCGAGCGGCGCGAGGCCCACCGCGCCAGCCUAAGCAUCGACGUCAAGCAGGCAGAGACAUACAGCAUGAGCACACCCACAGAGGAAGGCGGCGCCUUCGGCCUCGGCAUCUCGGACAUCACGCCCCGGCCCUCGAUGGACGGGUACGCGAGCCGCAACGCGCCGGCCGUGGCUGCCGCGACAAACAUGCUGCGCGACAGCACUGCGUCCGGGGCUGCCGCGGCCCUGCCCAAGCCUAAGGUCGAGGUCGACGAGCCCACGCCCACGAGCCCCACGAUGAGCUACACGACGACGGAUGACGAGGACGUGCUGCAUAUGGGGAGGAACGCGGGCAGCAGGAAAGGCCCCGAGCUGGCGAGCCUGAGCUCCGGGUCCGAUGGCUACUUUGGCUCGCUGCCGCGCCGGCGGACGAUCAGCCGGGCCAGGUCGCCUCUGAGUCUGUCCGGGCUGGCAUCUACGCCUCUGCUGCCCACUGAUGACGACUGGGACUACUCGGAGACGGAAUGGUGGGGAUGGGUGAUCCUAGUCGUCACCUGGGUGGUGUUUGUAAUAGGCAUGGGCUCUUGCUUCAGCAUCUGGAGCUGGGCGUGGGACGUCGGCACGACGCCGUAUGCGCCCCCCGAGCUGGAGGACGACCCGACGCUGCCCAUCACAGGCUACUAUCCGGCCUUGAUCAUCCUGACGUGUGUGAUGGCAUGGGUCUGGGUGGUUAUCGCGUGGGUGGGCAUGAAAUACUUCAGGCACGCAAAGAUAAGUGGCGACUGA